AGUCUUCUCCAUGAUCUCUUGAGCACGGCACAAUGGCUCAGGCCUUCCGAAAACGCACCCGAGUGGUGGAGGCCUUGCCACCAUAUGACUUAGCCAAAUCCAAGCUGGUAAAUUUUGACCUGUUUGGAGAGUUACGGCGUGCGCACGCUGAUGAGGCACGGCGACACUACGCUUGUCUCACCACCCCAAAUGUGGGUUUGGUGGAGCGAAAAUGUCCGUAUGGUGCACCGCUGCCAAAGAAGACCAGCAAAACAAAGCUCAUGUCGAAGUCGCUGCCACAGCUCCCUUCUUUGGAGCCUUCUGCAGAAGUGCCAAAGCCCAAGAGGAUACCGGGCUUGCAGCUCCUGGAGAUUCCAUACGAUCCCACCACCUUUCCCAGUGAACAUGCAGAACGCAUAAACCUUCUUGAGAGCCAAAUCGCCGAGAAGGAGCUGAGCUUGGAGAACCCACCGCUGCGGAAGGUCAAUGGCCCGAGCUUUGACUUUGAUCACUUGCCCCAGGGUCAAAGCUCCGAAGCGAGGAUGCAGUACUUUCCUCGAAGCACAACAAUUAUCAGAGAUAUUGGCUGUGGAAAGGACCCGCGUUUUUGCAGACCCUGGGGUCCAUAUGAGCAGCACCGAGAGGCCUAUUGGAGGCAAACCAUUGCUUUAUCAUCCAAGGCAUGAAUGCACUGGAGGAGGACACCACAUUGGUGAGCCCAUGUGAGCCGUCUUGCUGCAUGGAGCAGGACCAAUCUGUCAGACUCCAAGCGCCAAGCAAUUGGUUUUGCGACAAUUGCAAUGUAUAUAGAACUGCUUGGAGUAUGAGCCAUGCACCAGAUGUGGCUCGAGCUUCUCCACCUCCCUGGAAUACCAGAAAUCUGUGUUUUGAUUCUCUACUUGUAACAAAAGGAGACGAGGGAGACUCAAAGUGCAAUAACUUUGGUGCGCCAAGCCAACUCCAUGGCUUGAAGGUAUCACGUUGUUUCAGCAGCAUCUUCCAAAUGGAAUGUGAGCUGCAUGCCGGUGUAUCGGCACGACAGAGAAACCAAAGUUGUUUUCAAAGGGCCUCGUGCGAUCUGUCGAGGAAUGCAGGAUGGAGAUGCUUGGCAACCUCCAGUGUCC